GAGGAGCCGGGAGCACACACAGGGAAUAGUCCGGAGAUGAGACUAUGAGGUGGGAGCUCCUCGCCGUCAUAUAUGUGCGGAGGAGGAGGAGAAGAGUCGGCACACGACGUACAGCCCUCAUUCUUGUAGCCGGAGCUGAGGAAGACUCCUCCAUUCCGUGCAGGAGAAGUGGGAAUUGUGGAAGCAGUCGGGAGUCAGGAGUCAGGAAGGGCCUCCCUCUUCACUCCUCCCCUCACUCCUCUCCGCCUCCUCCUCCCCUGACUGCCAUCACUCUGAAGCCGGGAGCUGGGAGGAGGUGAGAGGCCGCCGGCAUUCCGUGGUGUGUCCGGGCCCCGUACUGGGAGUAGACCGGGAGCACCGACACGGCGACAACGCUGAGGGAGCAAUUACCAAAGAAUCAAAGAAAAAAACAAAAGGUCCACUGUUUAUCUUUCCAUGAGAAGACACUAAGGGCUUGAAGUCAACAUCACACAAAGAUGGAGCAGUUAUCUGAUGAGGAGCUUGACCAUGGGGCAGAAGAAGACAGUGAUAAGGAAGACCAGGACCUGGACAAGAUGUUUGGAGCCUGGCUGGGAGAACUGGACAAACUUACACAGAGCUUGGAUACAGAGAAGCCAGAAGAACCAGUUAAAAGAUCUCCACUGCGCCAGGAGACCAAUCUCGCAAAUUUUUCAUACCGGUUCUCUAUGUACAACCUAAAUGAAGCUCUAAAUCAAGGGGAUACCGUGGAUUUAGACGCUCUUAUGGCUGAUCUCUGCUCUAUUGAGCAGGAACUUAGUAGCAUUGGGUCACAGUCCUCCAGGAACACCCUAAAAUCUCAUGAACGUAAAGCGUCUCAGAAGCCGCCUGCUGGCCGUACAAGCACCAAACAGAGCAGCUUACGGGGAUUGCCUUCCUCAUCUGGAAAAAUAACCAAACCUUCUCAUGCCAACUACUCCUUGGAUGAUAUCACUGCUCAGCUGGAACAAGCCUCUCUAAGCAUGGAUGAGGCAGCACGGCAGACAGUUGUUGUGGAAGAUAUUAAACCAGUUGUAACCAUCCAUCACAGGCGAACGGCUUCAGCAGGCACAGUCAGCGAUAGUGAUCUUCGUUCUGUUAGUAAUUCUUCCCGUUCUAGUAUCACAUCAGCAGCCUCCAGCAUGGAUUCCCUGGAUAUUGACAAAAUGACUAGACCUCAAGAACUGGACCUGGUACAACAAAGCCAACCGAUUUCUGAGUGCACCCAUAUCUCCCCUACAUGUCAUGUCUCAAUUUCUCAGCAUGUUACCCUGGGAAGGCCUUUUCAAGCCAGACGUCAUCUUGACUUCACAAAAGAGGAGUCGGAAGCAGGCUCUCAUUCCUAUCUGGACAGGGAGACCUCCCUUCUGCUCAGAAACAUUGCAGGAAAGCCCUCUCACUUGCUGACUAAGGAGGAACAAGCUGCCAAAAUUAAGGCAGAGAAGAUUCGAAUAGCUCUCGAAAAAAUUAAAGAAGCUCAAGUGAAAAAGCUGGUAAUCAGAGUGCACAUGUCAGAUGACAGCUCAAAGACAAUGAUGGUGGAUGAGAGGCAAACCGUACGGCAGGUGCUGGACAAUUUGAUGGAUAAAUCUCACUGUGGAUAUAGCCUGGAUUGGUCCCUGGUGGAAACCAUUUCUGAGCUGCAGAUGGAGCGUAUUUUUGAAGACCAUGAAAAUCUAGUUGAGAACCUGUUGAACUGGACCCGGGAUAGCCAAAACAAGCUGAUGUUUGUGGAACGCAUUGAGAAAUACGCAUUGUUCAAAAAUCCACAAAACUACCUUCUAGGAAGGAAAGAAACCUCUGAAAUGGCAGACCGAAAUAAGGAAGUCUUACUAGAGGAAUGCUUCUGCGGUAGUUCAGUAUCUGUUCCAGAAAUUGAAGGGGUCCUUUGGUUAAAGGAUGAUGGAAAAAAAUCCUGGAAAAAGCGGUAUUUCCUUCUCAGAGCAUCUGGUAUCUACUAUGUACCUAAAGGAAAAGCAAAGGCAUCUAGAGACCUGGUCUGUUUUCUUCAACUGGAUCAUGUUAAUGUUUACUAUGGUCAAGAGUAUCGCAGCAAAUACAAGGCACCCACAGACUACUGCCUGGUGUUAAAGCAUCCUCAAAUUCAGAAAAAGUCCCAGUAUAUCAAGUAUCUGUGCUGUGAUGAUGUCCGAACUUUACACCAGUGGGUUAAUGGAAUCCGCAUAGCAAAGUAUGGGAAGCAGCUCUACACUAAUUAUCAGGAGGCUUUGAAGAGGACAGAAGCAGCCUAUGAUUGGACAUCCCUGUCUAGUUCCAGCAUGAAAUCCGGAUCCAGCUCUUCCAGUUUACCAGAAUCACAAUCUAACCAUUCCAACCAAUCAGACAGCGGACUUUCUGACUCCCUGGCCUCCUGCCACGUCCGUUCCCAGAGCAUUGUGAGCUCCAUCUUCUCAGAAGCCUGGAAGAGAGGGACCCAGCUGGAGGAGUCCAGCAAGGCUCGGAUUGAGACUUUGAAUCGACCCCUAACAUCACUAACUCCACAAUCACACAUCCACAUUAAAGCCAUUUCUCCUCAAGCUGCAUCUCAGCCAUCACCAAUGGCACCACCUCCACCCCCACCCCCACCGCCUCCGCCUCCACCCCCUCUUCCUCCACUUCCUACUCAGUCCAAGUCUGCACCUAUAUUGUUUGCAAAGUAUAGUACCAUUACAAGGUUGCAAAAUGCUGCUCAGUACCCAGGGCCAACCUUCAAAUCACCUUCAGCAAUUCAAACAAGUCAACACAACACAAUUGCUGCAAAACCACAGGUGUUAGUAACUCCGAAUGGAGCAAUUCCUCCACCACCGCCACCACCCCCUCCUCCUCCUCCACCCCCUCCUGGAUCUGCUAUGGCAAUGUUGAGACCAAACCCAUGUGCACCAUCUAUGCCCCAGUUUACACCACCUCCACCUCCUCUAAAAAUUCAUCAGGUCCAACAAAAUAACACGGUUCAGUCUGCACAGCCUCCUCCACCGCCCCCAUCGCCACCCCCACCUCCACCUCCACCACCACCACCACCCCCACCUCCUCCACCACCGUUCCAAGCUCCAAUCAAGCAGUAUGUCCCUAUUGCUAAAACUGCAGCACCUGCUGCUAGUCCAACAACCACUGUUUUCACAGGACCACCUACAGUUCCAAAAAAGCAGUUACACUUCACACUUUCCCAGACCCAACAGCCUGCAUCAGCCCCAUCAGUUCCAUCUGGCCCAACACCACCUCCAACAUUACCUAAACAACAAAGCUUUUCUACCAAGCCUCCUUCUUCCCCACAGUCCACCAUGCCCUCAGUUAAGCAAAUUGCCAGUCAGUUCCCACAAAUUUCUCUUUCAGAUUCUCAGCCCCCUAAACCAGCAACUCCAAGUACUGCUCCCCAGUCUCCCCCAGCUGUUAAAGCAAAACCAAAAUGGCAACCAUUUUCUGUUCCAUCACCUGAAUUUCCUCCUCCUCCCCCUGAGAGUAGCCUAGAUUUGUUGCCUCCCCCUCCCCCUCCUCCACCACCACCACCACCACCACCUCCUCCUUCAACAUCACCUGUGCCGCCAUCUUCUCCAACACCAGACAAAACAGGCUCUCCUUCUAAAAAAUCAAGCAAGACUUCAAGUCCUGGAGGCAAAAAGCCACCUCCUACUCCACAGCGAAACUCUAGCAUUAAGUCUAACAGUUCUGCUGAAUACUUUGAAUCAAAGAAGUCCUCUGUGGACAGCCUUGUUAGUAAAUUUGAGGAAUCCCCUGGAUCUCCAUCUAAGGAAUCGACACACCCACCUGCAGCUCCACCAAAGCCUGUUAAACUUAAUCUCUCUGGAGUAAACUUGCCUAUGGCCUUUCAGCAAGGAAACCUUUCUGCUCAGAUGUUACCUUCAGCAAAAGAAACCACCAUGGAGUUUCCAUCUCCGCCAUCUGAUUCAGAAUCAGAUUUCCCACCUCCACCAGCAGAUCUUGAGCUUCUUCCACCUCCGCCUCCACCUCCAGAUGGUCCUCCAGCUCUAUUUUCUGGCAGCACCUCUCCAAAAGUUGCUGUAGUGAACCCACAACCUCAGACAUGGUCAAAAUCAUCUGUAAAGAAGGCCCCACCACCUACAAGACCGAAACGGAAUGAUAGCAUGAGGCUAAUGCAAGCUGAAGUGCCAGAACCUUCUCCCAUCAGUCCUCAAGUACCAACUUCACCGAAGCCUAGCCUAAGUGUACAGCCAGAGUUUCUUGCUGACCUUAAUAAGACUCUGCAGCGAAAGUCUAUUACACGACAUAGUUCACUGUCCUCAGCCCGUUUAUCCAGACCAGAACCCACUACCACAAUGGAUGAUAUGGUACUGCCUCCACCACCACCAGAACUAUUAGGAGAUAAUAAAAAAGCAAACUGCUAUGGUGGCAGCCAUUUAUCAGGCUAUGCAACGUUACGAAGGGGACCACCUCCUGCCCCACCUAAAAGAGACCAGAAUACCAAGCUUUCUGGAGAUUGGUAAUCAAUUAACUGUCUAGUUACAAACUUUAAAAACUGUACUUUGAAUUUAGGAUCCUCGUGUCAUAAUAUUCAGUCAAAAAAUGACGUUUGGGAUAAGGGUCAUUGUGCACUUCAUACGCCUCCUGUUCAGCAGAAACAAUUUCUGGAGAUCCAUCGUUCAUUUCCAGUGUGGACAGGACCAAAACACAGUUCAUAUUCUACAUAUAAAGAAACCUUUUUGUAGUGUAUGUUGGUGUGCAGUGUGUCUGCAUGUAUUCCUACAAUAGACAUAUAAUUCUGUAAUUAAUAAUAUAGCAGAUGUACAAUAAAAGAUAACAAGAAUGUUUUAUCUCA